AGUGUUCAGUUCACUGCUGCAAACCAAAGUUGCAGGUAUAUAGAAAAUGUUGCUGCCCACAACAAUUAUCCUUCUACUCAGUCUGAGCCUGACAGCCGCUGAGUUUAGAGACGCAGCUGUAAAUGCUUCGAGUCCCAGAGUUUGCUACAGCUGUGAGGGCAUCAAUUGCCAGCGUACGACGCGACAAGAUGUAAGCAAGAGCUGCAAUGAUUUGUUGGACAUAUGUGUGACUGUCUAUGAAGGAUUUAUGGUCAGCGAGCGUGGCUGUUUCCUUGAGCUCAGCUUGGCAGCUCAAGCCAAGUGCGCAGGACCUUCCAGAGAAUGUCAAAAGUGCAGCGGCGCACUUUGCAACAAUAAAGGACGCGCUGACUUUCAGUGUCUGCAAUGCAUUGGCUCAGAGAAUGCCAAUUGCAAUGCGGCGAGCGUCAAUUUGACACCCACUCAAUGUGCGGCGCCCACUGCACGCAAUUCCUAUUGCUAUGUCAAGUCAGUGGGAGUUCAUUUGCAACGUGGCUGUGCCCUCAGUCUGCGUGAGCAAAAAACCUGCCUGGAGGACUUGAGUUGCAGCCUCUGUCUGCCGGAGAACGCUUAUCCAGGCGGCGCCUGCAACAAUUAUCAGCUGGAAAUCAAAUCUGGCGCCCAGCAGCUGCUUGGACUAUCGCUGGGCGUACUCAGCCUGGUGGCUCUACUAACUCUGCACUAGUUUAUUAUUAUAUUCAAACAAAACAAUGAACUUAAUAUCAAAAUCA